AUGUCUUCGUCUAGCGAGAAGGAAAAAUCGCCGCAUCCGGUGUUUGUCCAUUUGUCAAAACUAUCUACCAAAUUGGACUCUUUUGGGGUCGAGUCAAGAGGGAUCGAACGUAUCGAACCAUAUGAACGGUCCACCAACAAAACUAAAGCGAUUCUCCAAGUGUUUGGUCUUUGGAUGGCCGCUGCCGGUGGGCUUUCGUCGCUUUCCUCAUUUGUUCUCGGUCCAUUGGUGUUUGAGCUCGGAUUCAAGGACUCGUUAAUCUAUGGGUUUUUUGGCCAAUUCUUAGGAUGUGUAAUCGCUGCUUAUUGUUCCAUCAUGGGUCCAAGAUCAGGGUGUAGACAAAUGGUCGGGGCAAGAUACUUGUUUGGUUGGUGGCUUGUCAAACUUGUGGCGUUGGUGGCGAUCAUCGGGGUGGUUGGUUGGUCGGUGACCAAUUCGGUGCUCGGUGGGCAAAUCUUGAUGACGGUUUCUAAUGAUAAGGUGCCUAUUGAAGUAGGAAUCAUCAUUGUUGCGUUGGUCAGUGUAGUGGUGUCGAUCUUUGGGAUUAGACAAUUACUUAGAGUGGAAAUCUUUCUCUCGAUCCCUAUUCUUAUCUCAUUCUUGUUGAUGUACAUUUCCAUCGCCCCAGAUUAUAAAUACAUCUACCAAUCCCAAUCCAUUGGAGAUAAAGCUACCAUUAGAGGCCAUCAACUAUCGUUCUUUGCCUUAGCAUAUUCCGUCACUUCUACUUGGGGGUCGAUUGCUUCUGAUUAUUAUUUGAUUUUCCCAGAAACUACUUCUGAUCUUGAAGUGUUCAGCAUCACUUUUAUGGGGAUUCUCGUUCCAACAACUUUCACCUCGACUCUUGGGAUUCUCUUGGGGAAUGUUGCCGCAGUAUACCAACCAUGGAAUGACAUGUAUUCCACCAAUGGGCUUGGUGGGUUACUUACCAUUGCCUUUGAUGAAAACUGGGGCGCAUGGUCACGUCUUUUCCUGGUGCUCUUAUUUCUCUCAUUGAUCACUAAUAAUAUCAUUAAUUCGUAUUCUGCGGCCUUUGGGAUUCAAUUAGCCGGGUUGUGGUUGGCAAAAGUCCCUCGUUUUAUUUGGGUGAUUUUGGUCACCAUAGUGUACCUUGUGGCGGCGUUGGCAGGAAGAAAUCAUUUCAGUGAAAUUUUGGGGAAUUUCUUACCAAUGAUUGGUUACUGGAUCUCCAUUUAUUUCAUUUUGUUGGUCGAGGAAAACGUGAUUUUCAGAAACUCGCAUUUCUAUCCAAGAUUAUUCACCAAAGAGCAUGAAGUGGCAAAUGAUAACUCUUGUACGCAAUUCGAAUCUUCAUCAAGAUUUUACAAACUUUACCAUCGUCCACAGUUUUAUAACUGGACCAUCUGGAACGAUUACGACAGAUUGACUAAUGGGUACGCUGCAAUCGCUGCGUCUCUUGCAGGGGUUGCUGGUGCUGUGGUGGGGAUGAACCAAACCUAUUACGUUGGUCCAAUUUCUAGCUUUAUUGGUGCCGAUGGUGGUGAUUUGGGGAUGUGGUUGAGUAUGGCGUUUGCCGGAGUGGUUUAUCCGGGCUUAAGAUAUUUGGAAUUAAAGAGGUUUGGCAGAUAA